UACGUCAAACUCACACUGCUAAACUACAACGAUGUGGUACGCCAAAUUUGGGACAAUGCAAGCAACGUCCGCAAUGCCCAAGCAUCGUUCACAUUGCUGCUGUUCAUUUACGUCGAAAAGGAUACCAGCACCGCGAUUAGACGAGCGACUGCUAACAACCUCGUGACUGCGGCGACACGCGUUGCGGAAUACAUUAAAGACCAGAGCCUUCUUCUUGACCCUCUCCAAACCGACUAUGCAACCGUUGUGACGGCAAGAUUGCCGCCGUCCGCCUCCGUUGAAAUUCCCUCAAAUGCUACAAUGCGGCAACUUGGUCAUAUUGACCUUAUGUCUUCGCGUCAUGCCGACGAACGCCGGCGCGAAAUCAAUGCCCAGACCACGGAAACGUACCGUAGGGUUCGAGUUCGGUUUGGCACGAUGGCCAGUGCCCCAGUGGAUUGUUUUCUGUCCGUUGAAGAUCUCCGCAGCAUUCUAGGAAUUCCUCCAUUCGACCUGACGCCAUCCUUUCGGGAACCAAUAGUGGGGGGAGUAGUCGGACCAAGCGUGAAUAUUGAGGAUAUUGAUCACAUUAAUUUGUAG